AUGGAUUUUGAUAAAUUAUGCGCUAAAUACGCAGAUCUUAUCGAAAUUGAGGAAAUGAUCUUUGAUAUAGGUGAAUGCGAUAUUGCAAAACUUUUUAACAAAGUUAAAACUGCAAUGAAAAAAUAUAAUAUUCACCCAAACUACUACCAGAAGAUGAUCGAUCAUGCCAGCAUCAAUUAUCCACAAUACUUAUAUCAAUAUUGGACGCUAUUUCAACUAAUUCGUUAUGAAUUUGAUUACUUAAUUUCAUGUAUCAAUCUUGAAUCGGAUUUAAAGAAAGCUUAUUACAGAGAAUAUGGCCUUAUCAAGAAAUAUCAAAGCGAUGAGUUACCAAUUCCAUCAUUUUCCGAAUGUUUCUCUCAUUAUCCUAAAUCCGGUAUAAUUCAUUCAAUCAUGGAAGACAAAAGCAAAACCAUCAAGAAAUUCAUCGAGAAAAACGCCGCCGAAGAAGAAGACUAG